AAGGAGCCAAGUGGAAAGAAGUUAUAUGUCUUACAAAUUUAUAGGUGUUUUGUUAUUUUCAUGAUCUUUUCCAAAUUCUUCUCUCCUUCUCCUUCUCUAUCUCUCUCUCUAUUUAUACAUUUAUCUGUCGAGAACUUUGAGUGAAAGAAAGAGACACAGAGAGAGAGAGAGAGAGAGAGAGAGAGAGAGUCUCUUUGUAUGGUUCUUUUAAUCUAGACUUGUAAGGUCUUAUUAUUUGGAGGGGGAGAGCUAGCUAGCCAUAUAGAAAGAUCAAUCUCUAAGGGUUAGAUUGUCGAUUAUUCAGUGUUUCAGAGAUGUUGAACAACCAUGGCAUGUUUGAGGAUCAUCAAGGGAUAGCUGCAUCUACAGCGCAAGUUGGAUUUCUUCCAUUUUCACCUUCAAACUUGAACUUUAGUAGUAAUAAUAAUAAUAAUUCUUCUUCAUUGGAUUGUCAUCCAUCUCUCAAAUCCUUUGCUCUUCCUCAACUUUCAUCUCAUCAUAAUAACAACAAUAAUAAUCAUCUCUCUGAAACCCUACUUGCUUCGUCUUCACCUAAUUCCACCUUCAAGCACAGAGAGGACGACCUCCUUUCAGUGCAAAGAUCAUCUACAAAUCUCUGGUCGUAUGGAGAUGUAAACGAGUGCUAUAACAACAAGAGAAUGGUUCAAGAUCAUCAUUUGGGUGUCACAGCCAUGAAAAUGAAGAAAAUAAAAGCACGAAGGAAGGUUAGAGAGCCAAGAUUCUGCUUCAAAACCAUGAGCGAAGUUGAUGUUCUUGAUGAUGGAUAUAAGUGGAGGAAAUAUGGCCAGAAAGUGGUGAAAAAUACUCAACAUCCCAGGAGCUAUUAUCGGUGUACGCAAGAUAACUGCCGAGUGAAGAAACGGGUGGAGAGAUUAGCGGAGGAUCCAAGGAUGGUGAUAACCACCUACGAAGGAAGACACGUACAUUCGCCAUCGCAUGAUCAGGAAGAUUCACAGUCGCCAUCACACCUCAAUAAUUUCUUCUGGUAGAACAAUAAUAUUUGUAAUGUUUAAAGAGCAAUCUGGGUUGUGUACGUAUAUACUUUCGUUCGAUCUCUUCUCCUUUCUUUCUUCUGUAAGUGUUGAUUAUGAAUAUGAGUAGCGUUGAAGACCUUGAAAUAACAGUAACUUUUAUAAUGAUAGUGCCUUGUUGUUUUGCA